UAGAAAAGGCCCCCCCGUAAACCAGCGCGCUUCUCCACGAGACCCUUGAAGCGAGCCAUCUAAAGCUUGAUCGUCUUCUCUUUCUCACCGAUCCUUCGAUCCAAAAAUGGAUUCGUCGCACCUCGGUGCUGUUCCUGAGGACGAUGCCUCGGCAGACCAAGGCCAGCCUCAGAGCCAGCAAUCCGCUUUCGCUUUCGCUUCUCUCCCGCACCGCCCUCCUUCUCAGAGUUCUCAGAAGAAGUACUCGCCUGUCGGUUGGAAUGAGUAUUUCGACAGAGAGGAGGAUCUUGUCAUCCCAGAAUCAAAUGACAGCUUCCAUGUUUAUACGGCCGGGGAAGAAGGACCAGUAGUGUUUUGCCUUCAUGGAGGUGGCUACUCCGGGCUUUCAUUUGCAUUAUCUGCUAGUAAAAUCAAGGAGAAAGCCCGCGUAGUUGCAGUGGACUUGCGAGGACAUGGCAAAUCCUGCACAGAAAAUGAACUUGACCUAUCAAUUGAGACUUUAUGCAAUGACGUUCUGGCUAUUUUAAAGAGAAUGUAUGGAGAGUCACCACCUGCAAUUGUGCUCGUCGGCCACAGUAUGGGAGGCUCUGUAGCUGUUCAUGUUGCUGCAAAGAAAGCACUUCCUACCAUGGCUGGGCUGGUUGUUGUGGAUGUGGUGGAGGGUACAGCCAUGGCUUCAUUGAUUCACAUGCAGAAAAUCCUAUCAAGCAGGAUGCAGCAUUUCUCUAACAUUGACAAAGCAGUUGAAUGGAGUGUGAAAGGAGGCUCUUUAAGAAACAUCGAGUCAGCUCGAGCAUCAGUUCCCUCCACUUUGAAGUAUGAUGACUCAAAGAAUUGUUACAUUUACAGAACACGGCUCGAAGAAACAGAACAAUAUUGGAGAGGCUGGUAUGAAGGCCUUUCAGAUAUUUUUUUAUCAUGCCCAGUCCCAAAACUCUUGCUUUUAGCGGGAGCUGAUAGACUGGAUAGAUCUCUUACAAUAGGUCAGAUGCAAGGAAAGUUUCAAAUGGUGGUUGUCAGGCAUACUGGCCAUGCCAUUCAGGAAGAUGUACCUGAUGAGUUCGCUAGUCUGAUACUUAAUUUUCUCUCUCGCAACAGAAUAGGCCCUCAUGGAGUCCAGAUCCCAGGGAUUCGGUCAUGGAAAUCCUGAGUGUAGAGGGCCUUCAGUGCAAUAACCUCUGGUACAAAAUAACUUGAUAAUCAUGUUACAUCUUGAGUUUAUUCCUAUUCGCUUUGUUCUUUGUGGAAAUGUGGAAGUGGGGAUCCGACAGCUCAUAUGGAGGUUAAUUUGCAUAGAAUUAGGAGUUGUUAUUAUUGGUCUCAUCACUUCAUCAUGUCCACAAGUGAUGGUCUCACAUCUGGGAGUUGGUUUUUGAAGACGCCUCAAAUAAUUCAACCAUGGAGGUGUUUCCGAUGUGUCAAAUGCCUGGUUCUUGUAAUCAAGUAAAUGAAGGCUACAGUUUCUAGCUCGUGUUCUGUGCAUAAUCUACUUUUCUUGGUAUUUAGUCGGGAAGUUCGCUAGCUUCGUCCAUGUUUGGGGAUUUCAUUGAUCUCACCGCUUGCUUUUACAAUGUUGCUCUGCCGGUUCCACAAA